GACUUUUAUUUUGGUGUGGCAACAUGAUGUCAUAAGGCUGCGACACGCUCCUGCAUCUGUGAUUCUUCAGAAAGAGUGUCCAAACACACAGAGAAACUCCUGGAGAAGCGACUGAGAUCCACGUGACACUAUUAUAAAGAUGGAGUUUAUUAAAGAGGAGAGUGAAGACGAGAAGAUUGAAGAAACAUUCAGAGUAAAACAUGAAGAUACUGAGGAACAAACAAAGAUGGCAUUUAUUAAAGAGGAGAGUGAAGACAUGAAGAUUGAAGAAACAUUCAGAGUCGAAGAUACUGAGGAACAAACAGUUUUCAGCCGUCUUUUGAAUAUUGCCAGGGAUUCUGUAUUCCAGAUGAAGGCGGGGAGAUCAUUCCACCAGCAAGGAACAGUGAACGAAAAUGUUCUGGAGAGCGAUUUUUUGCCUCUCUGUGAAGAUCUCAUGACGUUGAAAGAGGAGAGUCAAGAACUGAAUGAAACUGGAGAGAAAAAUCAGGAUAAGAAAUGUAAUGAUUUCAUGACUGGGGAGAAAUCUACUAGUUACUCACAGACUCUUAAAACAGAAACUAGAAACCUCCAGAUGAGAGUUCACACUGGAGAGAGCCAUUUGACCUGUCAACAGUGUGGAAAGAGUUUCACUCGAAAAGAAAGCCUUAAGGUUCACAUGAGAAUUCACACUGGAGAGAAGCCUUACACCUGUCAACAGUGUGGAAAAAGUUUCAGUCGAAAAGAAAGCCUUAAAGUCCACUUGAAAAUCCACACUGGAGAGAAGCCCUUCAUAUGCACUCAGUGUGGAAAGAGCUUUACACAGAAAAAAAACCUUAAUGCCCACAUGAGAAAUCACUCUGGAGAGAAGCCUUACACCUGCAAACUGUGUUGGAAGAGCUUCUCACGAAAAGAAAGUUUUAAGGCUCACAUGACAGUUCACACGGGAGAGAAGCCAUUUGUUUGUGAUCAGUUUGGAAAGAGUUUCAUAUGUAAAGAAUACCUUAAUCAUCACAUGAGGAUUCACACAGGAGAGUACUGUUUUAUAUGUCAUCACUGUGGAAAGAGUUUCACAAAAAGAAUAAACCUUGAGAAUCACAUGAGAGUUCACACCGGAGAGAAGCCUUUCAUCUGCCCUCAGUGUGGAAAGAGCUGCACGACGAAAGGAAACCUUAAUAUUCACAUGAGAGUUCACACUGGAGAGAAGCCUUAUAAGUGUCUUCAGUGUGACAUGAGUUUCACAUAUCACGCAUACCUGAAACGGCAUUUGAAAACUCAUUCUGAAAAGAAAACACUGUUUUCCUCAGUGUGAUAAGAGGUUUAGAAAUAGGAGCAGUUUCAACAAUCAUCUGUGCAUUCACUGUGGAGAAAAACAAUUCAGUUGUGAUCAGUCUAACAUAAACAUCACACUUACAAAUACAUAUAAAUAGUCAUGUAAAUGUGAGACCCUGUUUGUGUUCUUUGUUUAAAGAGUACAGCAAUAGAAAAUGUGUAUCAGUUAGAAGCUAAGGCUACUUUCACACCGCAGCUGAAUGUGGGCUUCAUAUGACUGUCCGCCUUCAUGACCACUUCACAAUAUCUUUGUUGCUGUAGUUUCAAACAUUAAGCGGUUGAGGUAAGCAGCAUUUUAUUUAGACUAUCUAGAGGCAGGUAAACACCAUUGUACUCCCAUUGGUCUGUGGCAAUGAUGUAAUUGGUAGGUGUGGCUCUGAGGCUCUGCCUUCUUUCACAUGGAACUCUUCUCUGAUUAAUUUCUUCUGUUCAAUCCAUUGAGGUCAAAUAAGUAAAAAAAUGAACACACUGGAGAGACACUUUGUAGAAGAAAAUGAAGCUGUACUUCUGGUGAAACGAGACACUGAUACUGUUUUCCUGUUUAAUACUGUAAAGCUGCUUGCUUUUAAACAAUCUUUUUAAUAAAGUGCUGUUUAAAUAA